AUGGUGGCAAUGCGAGGAUGCGCUGGUGUCUUUGGACACUUAUCGGACUCUUUUCUGGGUCGGAAGGGAUCGCUCUUGCUUGUGUGCUCCCUCAAUGCCAUUUUCGGCCUCCUCACCGCGCUCUCUCCGAACUAUUGGGCCUACGUGGCCUUGCGCAUCCUCACAGGCUUUAGCGCCGGCAGCAUUUGCCUUUGCUCCUUCGUCCUUGCCACAGAGCCCGUAGGGCCCUCCUAUCGUGGCGUUGUUGGCAUGUCCACGUGUUAUUUCUUCUCCGGCGGCAUCGCGAUCCUCGCCGGCAUUGCCGCGAUGUUCCAGUCCUCCUGGCGCCUCCUCUAUGUCGUGACCUCCAUGCCCUCCCUCGCCUUCAUGCUCACCGUCAUGCCAUUCGUCUCGGAGUCCCCACGUUGGUACCUUGUGCGGAGGCGCGCCGAGGAUGCAAUGCGCGUCAUACGAGACAUUGCAUCCACCAAUAGAAAAAGCAUCCCAGAUGGCAUCACACUCAAGCUCGACGAUGAGGAUGACAUCAACAAGAAGACCGAGGAGUCGUCGUCAUCGAUCCUAGACGUGUUUCGGUCACGAACAACGCGGGGCAGGCUGGUGCUCUCAGUGCUCAUCAGUUUCAUUUGUUCGGUGGUAUACUACGGCCUGAGCCUCAAUGUGGUCAAUCUAAAGAUUAACCUUUACAUCAGUGUGGCCGUUAACUCUCUCGCUGAAAUGCCCGCGUUUCUUAUCACUACGGUGCUCCUCCAACACUUGGGUCGGAAGCCACUCGCCAUUGGCUCAAUGCUGCUCAGCGGUGUUUUCUGUACAUCUGCCAGUCUUAUUACAGGCGUCGGUGUCAUGAGGGCGCUAAGGAUGGCAUGUGGUGUGGUGGGAAUCUUCGAAAUGGCCGCGACAUACAACCUAUUAGUUGUAUACACAGCAGAGUUGUUCCCUACGACGGUGCGUACUGCGGCGAUGGGAUGUACGUUACAAGCUUCCAAGAUGGGUGCCAUACUAGCACCCAUGGUAGUGUUACUCGGGGAGCGGACGCCAUUCGCAGUGUUUGGCAUGUUGGGUAUCUUCGGUGGGCUACUGGUGUUCUGCCUCCCGGAGACUAUGCACAAGCCAUUGUAUGACACCAUGUUCGGAUUGGAGAAAGGCGAGGGAGAAUUUGUAAUUAAAGGGGAAAUUACAAGAGGAAACUCCGAAAUUUGACCAGUUUCCAUAAGCACUUUCUCCAUAAGUAUUGCUGGACCCAAAGAUAUUACCAAUGGAACCAUGUUGCAUACAAAGAGCGGGGCGUGUUGGUUUUCUCAUCUGCAUUACUAGUUUUGCAUGUGCUAGAGGAUAUACUCUUACUUUUAAAGAUUUUAGUAGAUGGUUUCUAUGAUAAAUCAGUAGUGGACAUGGUGGCAAUGCGAGGAUGUAAUCAUGCUUAUC